AUGCUCCUUGAGCCCAAACCAUGUUUAAAGCGUAUAUACUUGAAUGGUAACACGUAUGGCCGGGAUAUUGCAAUCCGAGAGCUUUCUCUCGCAAUUCAAAAUAAUCUUCUCGAAAACAGAACGAUUAUGAGACAAUUUUAUGAUCCAUCAUUACAUAUAUCCGAAGAAACGCGUAUGUUCUUCUUACAUCUCGCGCUUUGUCACUCUGCAACACUUAUUGGGACAAAAGAGAAGUUUCGGUACGUUUCGAGGUACCCUGAUGAUGAACAGCUCCUCAAACUAGCUGCUAAUGCUGGUUAUAUGUUGAUUAGUCGAAAUCCAGAAAAUUCUUAUAUAUUAAUAGGCGGAAAAACGUAUUGUUUUACUACGAAACGUAUGAUUCAUAGCUCUGUGAAGCACCCCCGUACAUCGAUUAUUGUUGAAGAUCAAGAUGGAACAAUAAUUUUAUUUUCACGAGCAAACUACAAAUUGAUGACUUCUAUCAUUGAUAAUUCUGAUAGUCUCAACAACGUAUAUGAGAAUUUCUACCAGGAGGGACUCCACGUUGAAAUGUGCUCGUAUAGAAUUAUUACGCAGAAGCAGUACAAGCGAUUUGAGGAGAAAAUUGGGGAGUUCGGAACGGAAAACACCGAUCUCGUAUAUACGAUUGUCGAAAAUUUGGAGAUGCACUCAUCUCCUAUCAGUUUAGUCGCAUUUGAAGACCAACCACGCGACGGAGUGCUUCCAUUUUUAGCCAGAUCGAAGAAAGCGUUCGAUAACAUUGUCCUUACCUCUCAAACGAAAGGAACAUCUUUAUUAAUUUCUGCAACUUCACUUGGCAUUGUCAAAACCAAUCCAAUUGUUGGUCUUAUCAAAGGCAACACUCUUGAAGAAGUGGAUACAUCACUCUCUUUCUUGUUUGAGUCUCCGAAAUACGAAGUAAUCUGUUGA